AUGGCGUUCUCCUUUUCCCGGCCCCGCAGCGGCUCCCUGUCCACCGGCUCCGUGCGCGGCAGCUCCAGUGGGUCAGACUCCUGGUUCUCGUUGUCCCGGCUGCAUGCGGCGCUCCCGGCAGCGCGAGCCAGCGCAGAGACGGCCACCAUUUUGCUGGGCCCGGGCCGGCAGCAGGAGGCGCUGCAAGGCCUGAACGAGCGCCUGGCCGGCUACCUGCAGCGGGUGCGGGGACUCGAGGCGGCCAACCGAGCCCUGGAGGAGGAGAUCGCAGCCAUCCGUGCUCGCAGGGCUGGGGCAGGCGGCCAGAAAGACUGGGAAGCCUGCGAGCGGCCCUUGGCCGAGCUGCGCAAGCAGGCAUGCAGGCCUUUUUUUUCUUUACUCCCCAAGGUACGUAACCUUGAGCAGCAGAACAAAGUGCUGGAGACGCAGCUGAAGCUGCUGAAGGGCAAAGACCAGUACAAAUCCAAUGUGGGGCGCAUCAUGGCAGCUCACAGCCAGCCCCUGAAGCAGCAAAUCGAUGCCCUGACCCAGGAUAAGCUGAAGCUGCAAAACGAGCUGCAGCAAACCCAGGCCCUUCUGGAGGAGCUGAAGAGCAGGUAUGAAGAUGAAAUCAACCGGCGUAACCAACUGGAAAACGAAUUUGUGGUGACCAAGAAGGACCUGGAUGACAUCUACUUGCAGAAAGCAGAUGUUGAGUCCAAGCUGGAAAGCGUCUGCAAUGAAAUCAAAUACCUGAAGCAGCUCUUUGAAGAGGAGAUCCGGGAGCUGCAGUCUCAGAUCCAAAACACCAUGGUCACUCUGGAGAUGGACAACAACCGGGGGCUGGAGAUGAAGCACAUCAUUGAUGAGGUGAAGGAGCAAUACCAGGUCAUGGCUGCCAAAAGCCGGGAUGAGGCCGAACAAUGGUACAAGAACAAGUUUGAUGACAUGGCCAGGCAGACUCAGAAGCACUGUGAGGAGCUGAAAGGUGUCAAGGGGCAGAUUGCCGAGCUGACUCGCUAUGGCCAGCGUGUGAAUGGGGAGAUCGAGGCCUUGAAGAACCAGCGAGCCAACCUGGAGAAUGCUGUAGCACUGGCUGAAGAGCAAGGGGAGCAGGCUGUGCAGAGCGCCAAGAGCAGCAUCCAAGACCUGGAGGAUGCACUGAGGCAGGCCAAGCGUGACAUGGCCGACAAGGUGCGGAAAUACCAAGAGCUGAUGCAUAUCAAGCUGGCCCUAGACAUGGAGAUCGCCACCUACAGGAAACUGCUGGAAGGAGAAGAAAACCGGUUGGUCGGUCAGGUUCCCAGUUCGCAGUUCAGUGCUAUUGACAAACUUGCUGGGCUCCUAACACAGGAGAUGCCAUCACCCUCCCACGAUGGGAGCACCAGGACCUCGUUUACUAGCCACAGCUCACUGAAGAGGCCGCUGCUGAUCAAGACCAUCGAGACCAAAGAUGGCAAGAUCCUUUCUGAGGCCAGCCACUUCUCAGAGAAGCAGCUGUAAUAAAACAAGCCGAAGUUGGGCUUGGGAACGCCACAAUAAAUGGUUGUUUCAAA